AUGGCUCAAAUUAAGGGAAAGAUUCUUCCUAUUUGUGGAUGCACUCAGAUAACUCUUACGAGAUUCAACGGUUGUCACACAUAUACAUUCUCUUAUCCGACUUGCAAAGCUCAAUUUAAGCUAUUUGUUCCCCUUAUUUUGGGUAAAAAUAUUAUUCAGCUUAAAUGCCUUCAUGAGUUAUGCACUUUAAAUCUCUUUUAUUCUCAUUAUUCCAAUGAAUUUGUAAUAAGGCCUCUCUAUGUAAUCUGCAAAGAACAACAGUACUCUGCUAAUAAUGUCGCCUCAGCCUGUAAAAAAAUUGGUCUUGGAAUUCGCCUGCUUCAGACGCUCACUGCUGAAUCUCUAUACUCAGAAGGCUUUCCAAGACUAACUUUCUAUUGCGCUGGUGAUGACUCAUUUGCCUCUCAGUCCUCUGCUUCUGAUCUUGAAUGUGACAUAGCAGCGAAUUGCUACCCGUUUUAUUCUAAUCUAACUGUUGAAGAAGCUCUUUCUGAUGAUCCU